AUGGCGCUGCACCGUUUCUUGAAGCUGAGCUCACCCACCAAUCAAUCCAUCUACACACCAGCAAUGCCAAGGGCAGUUCAGCCGUUGCCUCAGAACAACGGCCGUCGCCAAGACCAACCCCAUCACGCCCUCCCCGCAACUCCUACCGUAAACGCUAAUUGGCCGGGUCGCCCCUCCGUCCAUCUGUGA